AUGGCCUCGAAAGUCCAUCUCGUCCGCCACGCGGAAUCUGUCCACAAUGUUUCCAAAGACUUUUCUCAAUUCGACCCAGACUUGACCCCUCUGGGCCUUCGACAGGCCGCACAACUUGUCCAAUCGUUCCCGUUCGCCCCUCAGGUGGGGGCAAUCAUCACCUCUCCAUUGAGACGUGCCGUCCAAACCACUCUCGCCGCUUUCCCGCACAUCCUUGAUGAACGCUAUUUCGACCCCGAAUCCGGGAACGGUAUUAAGAACGGCGCAACCCUUAUCUUGGACCCAGAUUUGCAGGAGAGGAGUGCACUUCCCUGUGAUACGGGGUCAACAUCUGAAAUCCUGGAAACGGCUUUUCCUAGACUAGAUAUCAAGGGCUUGGCCAAGGGCUGGCAGGUGAAAGAGGGGUUAUAUUCUCCUGACGAUAAAGCAGUAGAGGAGCGGGCAAAGAGGGCGAGAUCUCGUAUAGCGGCAAUCAGCGAAGAUUUGAAGUCUCAGGAGCGGACGGAUGUUGUGGUUGUGACUCAUGGCGUUUUUAUGAAAGUCUUGUCUGGAGACCAGAACAUUGAUCUCCCGAAAGCAGGCUGGAAGAGCUAUACCGUUGGGACAAACGGACCUGAUGUUGCUCUGUCACCUCUCUAG